AUGAAAAUUGCUCAAAAAUCAAUUUAUUUCGGGAGAGAUGACACCGCCUUCGCCGCCGCCUCAUCCAAAUUGUUAGCCGUGAGAAUAGUGAGUCCAGAUUUCUUCAUGAUAAGCUUCGCAGCGUCCACAUUCGUUCCUUCUAAACGAACAACCAUUGGCACUUUCAGUCCAAUCUUAUUCACAGCAUUCACAACUCCAUUCGCAAUAGUCGCACAGUUCACAAUUCCACCGAAAAUAUUGAUGAGAACACAUUUGACACGUGGAUCCGAUGUGAUGAUUCUGACUGCGUUGAAGACGGCGUCCUCUGUCACAGCUCCUCCGACGUCGAGGAAGUUCGCUGGCUCUCCACCGUGCAAUUUGAUCAAAUCCAUUGUGGCCAUAGCGAGUCCGGCUCCGUUUACUAGAAAAAUUAAUGAAUUUAUUAAAGAUUUUUAA